AUGCACAUGGAGGAUUCGCCCGCCCUGGGUCCGCUGACCUCCCACCCGAUCAUGGGCUCAACAGCAAAUACCACAAGCACCUCCAAUGGCCAGCGGCCUACAGCGAAACGCGCAAACUCGGCACAGCGCGCCAACUCUCGCUUCGUCGAGGGUUCCAUGAACGACCGCGCCUCAGCUGCGCCACCCAUCGAUUUUCUCGGUCCAGAGGACUCCUCCGAGAUUGCGCGCCGUUUCCACAUGGACUUUUACGUUGAGGCACCCAACGCCGGGGUCUUCUCACCGCAGAAGCCUCAUUACCAACCACAGCAGCAGCAGUACCACCAGCCGCUGCAUCAGCAAUCUCAGCCACUCCUGCAACAACCGACAGUCACCUACGGCGAAGUUAAGAGACCCGCCAGCUCGGCCAGCAGCCAUGUGGGCAAGAAGGGCUUCUGGGGCGGCCUGCGCGAGAAGCUGAGCUUCGUCAGGGACAAGGGGGCUAAGCGCCCUCUCAGCCUGGACGGCAAGCUUCUCGCCCAAGGAGGUGGGGCUGGAGGUUUCGGCAGUGGCAGCAACGGUGGCAUUGGCGCGCCGGCCGCCGCGACUCUGGCGACUAGCGGCGCCGGCAUGCCCAGCAGAGAGGAGAUCAUGGCCAGCUACCAGCAGCUGAUGAAAGACGGCUUCUUCGAUGCGCAUGCCAUCCGCUCCACUCGCCAGCCACCCCCGCCGUCGAUCAACCCGCCUAAGACUAUGUACUCGACCAGGCCUCCCGUGGACAAGAAGUCCUUCGCCGAGCGCGUCUCGGGUCAAUGGCCUCUUCCGCCGACGGAAGAGGUCCAACCGCUGCCGGACUCCCGCGACGGGAAUAGGAAGCGCGGCUUCGACGACGAAGAGGACUUGUCGGCCGCCAAGAAGUUGCGCAAAACGGCAUCACGCAUGUCCGCCGACCUCUCGAUCCCCGGCCUGCGUAAACCACGGUCCCAUGCGCAUUCUGUCUCAGAGUCCAUGCCUCCCCCGCCACCUCCUCCCAGCUAUAUGCCCCCGCCUCCGCCCCCUCGAGCCGUCGGUGGUGGCAUUGUCUUUAUCCGCCGGUCGUUUAGUAACUCGAACCGGGCGACCAACAAACUGGCCAAGCACGCGCCCUCGUCUUCUCUUGGCCCUGUUCCCAUGGACACCGACCUCGCGCCUCCGAACCCGAUGUACGCGGCUAGCACCCACAGCAGCAUCGCCUCCAACGACUCCCGGCGGUCCUUUGCUGAGGCUGCUCGUGCGUGGACUUCGCGUGCCGCGCGCAAGGCGGCCGAGCCGCUAGGUCUGAGACCCAACUCGAACCACGGCGCGGUAAUGCAGUGCGGACCCGAGCAGUUUAAGAACCGCGGUUUCGGCUGCGAAGGGGAGAACCACGUCGCCGUGCAAGAGCGCGAGUUGCCUGGCCGGUGGAGGGGUAUGCGGUUCACUUAA